UAGUUAUAGGAAUAUUAAUGCGCUACUGUCGGAUCUGCAUAGCUAGUGGUAAACCAAGACCACCACGUUCAUAAUUUUGACUCCGCGACAGUCUGCUUGACGUCGUUGUGGAUCCUUCGACAGCCUCAAUUCUGAGGUCCUGCAACAGCGAUUGUCACUUUCUCUCUCAUGUCCGCCCAGUUGCAGUCGCAGCAACAAGCACCGCAAGUCCAAGCUCAGUCCGAUGCCGCCCAGGAAGUCCUCGCCGUCGCCUGUGUUAUUGAUGCCUCUCUAUCACUCGCUACAGAAUGGACUCGUGUGCUCACAGCGUACAUCAUGCCGAUUCUCAAGCGCCUGAACGAAACAUACAGCGGUCACCAAUUCCGGCUAGCUUUAGUGACGUAUGGCGCAGCGGAUACGCUUCCCAAUCCGCUGUUGUCAAAACGUUUCUUUUUUCCCCCGGUUUCUGUGGUGAAGGAAUUGCGCGAGGAUCCGAGGAAGUUAGGAAUUGGCUCCGCGGUUGGUGUAAGGGGGCUAUCAGCACUGGAGGGGAUGGUUGCUGCUAUCGAGCUCUUCGACAUCUUGCAUAACUCGCUCGCCUUGGCUGGUCCGAAGGAUGGUCGAGUACCUGUCUCGCAUAUACUACAUAUUGCUGGAAGUCCACCCAAUUCUGCGCAACGGCCCGCAUGGAAUACCCUUCCACAUCUCGACUCAGUAUCGUGGGACACGCUACCGCUGGAACUCAAGAAAAGAAAAAUCAAUCUGAGCCUUGUCGCACUACAACAUAUACAACAGUUUCAGGAUGUCCAGUCUGCCACCUCAGCACCAGCUGCACAAACCAGUCCCUGGUUCACUGUCUACCCACCACAUACACUCAUGCUUUCUGGGUUUCCCCCACUGUCGCAUGUGCAGACCCCGAAACUCAGUGAGCUCUCGCGCACAACCUCCCUCCCAUUCCCGCGCUCACCAAUUCCAGACGCUAUAAAGCGUCCAAAUGAGUCUCCUCAAACCCCAGAUACCAAACGACAGAAGGUCAGCGAGAAAAGUUCACCAGCACUUAGCCCGCGUCCUCCGGGAGGAGGUGCUGGUCCAGUAGGCCAGAGACCACCUUCUCGGCAGGUCCCCACACCUUCAGCCCCACCUUCUCAACCACAUUCGCAACUGCUCCAUCCUUCCCCCAUGCCGCCGCACGCAACCAUUACGCCUGUAUCUAGUCCUGCAAAACCCCCUGCAGCACCUGCCGCACACCCACCUACCAAUCCUCCGAACCCCAAUGCUCCCCCGACGCAGCACACAUUCCCUCCCAACGUCAACAUGCUAGUCGACCGUGGAAAAGGUCUUGAAGCUGAUAUAAAAACCCUCGAAGCCAAAAUCCAGGAUGCGCACUCUGCCGGGAACGCUGCAGAGGUCGAAUCACUUAAGAAGGAGCGCAUCAUAAAGUAUCAGAACGCAUUGAAGAUCAAGGCUAUUUUGUUUCAGAUGGCGAACAGGCCUGCGAUGGGCGGUUUGAGUUCUGGCGCAGGAGGGUCCGGAGAAACACAACCUCAACCGGCAGCGAGCAACGGCAUGUCGGAAGAUGCAGUACCGCCAACGGUGUCUGCACCCGUAUCUGCCCCUAUGGAAGAGCAGAAACCGCCGCUCACAGAUCAACAGGCGCUAAUGCAAUUCAUGCAGGCGCGUUCGGGAUCAGCAGGAUUCCCACAUAGUCCCGAGGUCGCCGCACAAAUGCUGAAGCUGAUCAACAAGACUGGUAUCCAGUCAUCACCCUUCACCGGUUCACCAAAGCCCCGACCAGCCCCCCCGCCUGCAUCCGGAUCUACAUAUCAGCCUCAGCCUCAGCCCCAGCCCCAGCCCCAGGCCUCGACCUCGACCACCUCAGGAGGGCCAAAGCAAUGGGAAGGUUCUUUCACCUUCACGGUGUCUCAUGCUGGACAGCAAAAGGGGCUCGAAGUCCAGAUGGCCGUUGCGAUUUCCAAGGGGGAACUGCACACGGAGACGUGGCCUGACAAAAUGUUCAUCAAUCUAUCGAACGAAGGAGUGAAGGAUCAAAUGGAAUUACAGACGUGGCUUCGGAAACACCACCAAUCUGCUGUGAUGGUCCAGUUCAAACCCCAAGCACGGAAUAUUGAACAGAAAAUGAAUGACAUGGUUCACCAUGUCAUGAUGAAGACCAUGAUGGAAAACCGAUCAUUUGGCAUAGCGGCGUGGCAACUUCCCUCUGGGGUUAUGUCAAACAAUAUGAUCGUGUUCCCAAUGAGUAAUGGGCUAACAGGUGCAGUAUUUCCAGUUACUGGACUUCCAGAUUUGCCAGGCUCUGGCAAAGUCGACGCCCCAAAACCGCAACCGCAACCACAACCACAAUUACAGCCGCAGCCGCAACCGCAAUUACAAUCGCAACCGCAACCACAACUGCAAUCACAACCACAACAUCAAUCAGGCGUGUUCGCCCCUGAGAUGUUGACGCGACUUCAGGGUCUUGACCCGCAGCAGCAAAGAUACUUCAUGCAACAACUUGCGCUGCAGCAGCAGAUGCGACAACGGCAACGGCAACAACCGCAGCAACCACAACAGACGGGAGCAAUGCAGCAGGAGGUACCGGCACCAACGCCUGGACCUGGUGUAGGAAUGCAAAAUAUGAGUCCAUUUUUGAAUGGAGCGAAUCUGCCGAUGAAUAUGUUUGGCGGCGGCGGAGUACCACAGAGGCAAAUUAGUGGGGGCAUGUAUCCUGGUGGGGCGGGGACGGUGAAUCAUGAGAUGAUGCAAUCGUUCAUGCAACGGAGUGCGGACGGAUCCGGUCGACAAGGAUGAACCCCUCGUGAUUGAUCAAAACCGUCCCACUUUCUGCAUCGGCUUUAGGGCCUGGUCCUCAAGGCGUUAUCUGUAUCUUGAGAACUACAUGGAUGGAUAUAUUGUGGAUGUAGGCAACAUCAAGCAUGGAUUCAGAAUUUUACAUCGAUUGUUAUGCUCUACUAUACAUCACCGCACCUGCAUGCAUAUGCUAUCUUGUAUACACAUUCCAAUAACUUCACUUUUUAUGGGCACUGUAAUUAUGGUAUAGCG